GAUUUGACUGUAAUAUAAAGGUAGUAUUGGAUAGCUAGGAAGAAAAUUCCAGCUAACCACAUGCUUUAGGCGCAUUUAUUUUUACAUAUCUAUUAAUACCCAUUCAUGCUGUCUUCACAAACCUGAAGCAUGUUAUAAAUCAGGUGCUAUAAAGUAGAACAGUGUAACGUGGUGCUUGCCAUUAGAUCAUUUGACUUUGUUAUUAUGGAAGUUCUUUACAAAGUGGCAUUUAGCGAGCCUUUGGGCCGUUAUCUGAUAGCGUCACGUAAUAUUAAACAAGGCGAGAUAAUAAUGAAAGAAAAACCCCGAUUACUCGGUAGUCAAAUCGCUGCGUUUCCCAUUUGUUUCAAAUGUGCAUCGAGAAUAUACACAUCGUCGCCGCCUCCAUGCAACGAAUGCGGAUUAGCGCCAACCUGCGGGCAGUGUCAAGGUACUCUGCACAAAAAAGAAUGUAUCUACAUGAGGAAAAUGAAAGAAAAUGUAAGCGGCAUGACAUUGCAGUUCCUUUGCGAGAAUCCACAAGUAACGAUGCCACUAAGAUGUCUGCUGAUGAAAUAUUAUGAUCAAGACUUUUGGAAAGAGUUCAUACAAUUGGAGUGCCACUUAAAGGAGCGCCGCGGUACAUACAUCUAUAAUUUACACAAGUACCAGGUAGAUAAACCUCUGAGGGACGCCAAAAUAAUUCAGGACUUACAAGAUAGCGAUGUGCAUGCCGAUAUUUUGCCCACCAUUUGCGGUAUUUUAGAUGUAAACAUUUUUGAAGUACGUCCUCCUCAAGGCGUACAGGGACCAGAAGAUUGCCUUAGAGGACUCUAUCUUACGCCGGCUCUAAUGGCGCAUGAUUGCUUAUGUAAUACUCACCUCAGUGUUGAUGAUGACUUCAUGAUGACCAUUCGCGCAUCUCUUCCAAUCAACGAAGGGGAUAUGAUUACAUUUAGCUACACUAAUGGUCUUCAAGGAAACUUUGACAGACAAAAUCAUCUCCAGCAAGGCAAAUACUUUACAUGUGCAUGUCGACGAUGUCUUGAUCCUACCGAGUUGAACACUGGCUUGAGUACACUAAUUUGCCCAAAGUGUAGGCAUGCCACCAUGAUUUUUAAGCAUAAACAAUGGCAGUGUCCACAGUGUAGUAAAAACUAUAGUAAUCGCAUGAUACGUACCACAUUAGCAUUAGCCAAAGAUAAGGUCUCAAAUAUCCUAGAAUUUGGUACCUUGAAAAAUGCAAAACAACUUGUUAGUACCCUGCAGAGAACACUGGGCACUCAUCACAGUCUCAUAAUCGAAGUAAAUCAAAAAAUCAUUUCACUCUUAAGCCAGGAACCAGAUAUGACUUCAACUUUAGAGAAAAUUGCUUUGUGCAAAGACCUCUCUAAAAUAUUACAGGUUUUAGAACCUGGAAUAUCUAGACAUCAAGGUAUAGCACAAUAUGAACUUCAUAAGGCCCAAACACACCUCGGUAAAGUCCAAUGCAAUUCCUCACAGAUCACUUUGGAUCAAUACUGUAGCAUUUUAAAGGAAAGUGAAGGAAUUCUAAAGGGUGCAAUAGGACACUUAAUUUACGAGCCGAAAAGCACGCCUGAAGGACGUCUUGCACAGAAAGCUCUAACGGACCUGCAAGUCCUGCGUGCGUCCGUUAAAGACCUGGAAGUCAAGAUCCAAAAGAACACCAAGACGCACAAAUAAACAAAUAAAUUUACUAGACAAUUCGUAAGUAAAGGCCAGUUUCCAAGACAAAGUAGUGCUUGUAUUUAAUUCUAUACAUCAAACCUAACUUCACAAUAUAAAGAUUACAAAUCAAAUAGCAUUUUUUUUUCAUCGAUUUUCCGCGGUGUCAAAAAUUAGAUGAUAUUAUGUUACCGUAUUUAUGCUUUAUUUUAAUUUUUAAAUAUUUAUACAAUGUUAUGUAAUAAAUUACUUAUCUUCA